UUGACAUCUGUCAAGUCAUUUCAAAUCUUCAUCAAAAUUUUACGUUAAAAAUGGGGGACGCCGAAAUAAAAGAUCCAUUUUGCGACCCAAAAAACCCCGUGGUAGUCCCAUUUUGCGAAAUAGCGUCCGCUUCGAUUUUAAUCCGAGAUGGAAUUGUUAAAACACCUUGCGAACUUUCCCGCAUCACCGAUCUCACCUGUAUGAACGUUUAUUUAAAAAAGGAUUAUAUGCAAUACACUGGAAAUUUUAAAGAACGAGGCGCUCGUUACGCCAUGUUAAAAUUAGAUGAAGCAUCGAAAAAACGCGGGUUGGUGAGCGCCUCCGCUGGAAAUCACGCCCAAGCGAUGUGUUGGCAUGGUUUAAACCUUGGAAUUCCUAUUACGGUUGUAAUGCCUAUUACAGCUCCGAUUAUGAAGGUGCAAAGAUGUCGGAAAUUUAAAGCUAAUGUAAUCGUUGAUGGGAUUAAUAUGUAUGAAGCGAAAAAUAUCGCUUUAAGAUAUGCCCGAGAUAACAAUGCUAUUUAUAUAAGCGGUUAUGAUAAUCCAGAUGUUAUAGCUGGUCAAGGAACUUGUGGGCUCGAAAUUUUAGACCAAGUUCCUAACGUUGAUGUUAUCAUAGUACCAACGGGUGGUGGGGGGCUUUUAGCUGGAGUUGCAGCUGCUGUUAAAACAGUUAAACCUUCCGUUAAGGUUUAUGGUGUUGAAUCGGUGAAUUGUAUGAGUUUCGCCGUUGCGAUGAAAGCUGGGGGUCCAACACUAAUUGAAGCAAAACCAACUUUAGCGGACGGUCUCGCAGUACCUUGUGUGGGUUAUAAUGCUUACGCAACCGCCAAAAAGUACAUUGACGGGAUGAUUCAAGUCAAAGAAGAGGAUAUCGCCGUUGCAAUUUUGAGAUUAGUUGAGAUUGAAAAAGCUAUCGUUGAAGGAUCGGGAGCUGCCCCUGUUGCUGCUGUUCUCUCGGGACAACUUGCGGGUGAAUGCAAAAAUAAAAAUGUUGUAUUGAUUUGUUCAGGUGGAAACAUCGACACAACCGUUUUAAGCCGUGUUCUUGAUCGGGGAUUAGCUUCGGAUGGUCGAUUAAUAAAGACGUAUGUCACAGUAAGUGAUCGUCCGGGUGGUUUAGCCGAAUUAUUGCAGUUAAUAACUUCGCUUGGAAUCCCGGUUAAGCACAUCAAUCAAGAGAGAGCUUGGGUUAAAUUGGAUAUUUUUAGCGUCGAAGUGAAAUUAACGUGCGAAACUCGCGAUUACGACCAUGCUAAAGAAUUAGAGUUCGCUUUAAAAGAGAAAUAUGGGGAUAAUGCGAGAAUUGAUUACGUUCAAUUUCCCGCGAGUUCAGGCGCAAGCCGAAAGUUUUAAAUAAAGAUUAUCUUUGAUGUUUUAUUUUAA